CAUCUUCGACUUAUUCCCUAACACCUGCGAAUAUCCAUCCGGAUGAGCCCUCUACGGCCCCGCAGAUUCCUCCCUCUUUCUUAAUUCGAACGGUAAUCUCUCUAAGGAAUCAAAGGAACCCAAAGUCCCCUCUCCAACCCGAAAGCCCUCCAUUCCAAGUCACCGUUCAAAUAAUAGCGCUACUAUUUAACAUCGUCAGAACCAUAACCAAUCAUGUCCACUUCCUCUCUCUCUAUAAAUCUUGCUCUCGCCCAUCCUUGCGUUUCAGCGUCCACUUCUUCUUGUUCGUACAAGUUUACUCCUGCGGCCUUCGUUUCCGGCGUCUGUAUAUCCGGAAUUCGUAAACCCAUUGGCCCAAUUCGUUUAAAGACACAAUCUUUGCAGUGCAGGGGAUCGAAGAGGAGGAAAGAGUUGAAAUUCUUCAAGGUUGGAUCUUUUAGGGAAACGUCCUUUGUUGCAGCUUGCUCCGACAACGACAUGACUAUCAGAGAGUUCAGAGAAGAAGAGGAGGAAGAGGAUAAUCCUCCCCCUUUGCUUGAGUCUGAGAUGAAUUCAACUCCUAGACGCAUUGCACUCUUUGUUGAGCCAUCUCCCUUUGCUUAUGUAUCCGGAUAUAAAAACAGGUUCCAGAAUUUCAUUAAAUAUCUACGUGAAAUGGGUGAUGAGGUCAUGGUCGUGACAACUCAUGAAGGGGUGCCACAGGAAUUUUACGGCGCUCAUCUAAUUGGUUCAAGAAGUUUUCCUUGCCCGUGGUACCAAAAAGUUCCCUUAUCACUAGCACUUAGCCCCAGAAUAAUAUCAGCAGUGGCUCAAUUCAAACCUGAUAUUAUACACGCAUCAUCUCCCGGCAUUAUGGUAUUUGGGGCACUGAUCAUUGCAAAAUUAUUAAGUGUUCCUAUUGUGAUGUCAUAUCACACCCAUGUUCCUGUAUAUAUACCCAGAUAUACCUUUAGUUGGUUGGUUAAACCCAUGUGGUUAAUUAUAAAAUUUCUACAUAGAGCAGCUGAUCUUACACUGGUGCCUUCAGCUGCUAUUGCGAAAGAUCUUGAAGCUGCUAGAGUAACAGCAGCUAACCGAAUACGCCUCUGGAACAAGGGAGUUGACUCUGAGAGCUUCCACCCGCGAUUUUUCUCUCAUGAAAUGAGAGUAAAAUUAAGCAAUGGAGAACCAGACAAGCCAUUGAUAGUUCAUGUUGGACGUCUUGGAGUGGAGAAGAGUUUGGAUUUCCUCAAAAGGGUCAUGGAUGAGCUCCCCGAGGCUCGAAUAGCUUUUGUUGGUGAUGGUCCCUAUAGAGAGGAGCUGGAGCAGAUGUUCACAGGAAUGCCUGCAGUAUUUACCGGCAUGUUACAAGGAGAAGAGCUUUCUCAAGCAUACGCCAGUGGAGAUGUUUUUGUGAUGCCUUCAGAAUCUGAGACCCUUGGUCUUGUUGUCUUGGAGGCAAUGUCAUCGGGGCUCCCUGUAGUUGCUGCUCGAGCGGGUGGUAUUCCUGACAUCAUCCCUGAUGAUCAGCAGGGGAAAACUGGCUACCUGUUCAAUCCUGGAGAUCUCGACGACUGCUUGAACAAACUGAAACCUCUUUUGCAGGAUAAAGAACUGAGAGAAACUAUAGGCAAGGCUGCGCGAGUGGAAAUGGAGAAGUAUGAUUGGCGGGCAGCAACUAGGAAGAUACGCAACGAACAAUACAAUGCUGCCAUAUGGUUCUGGAGAAAGAAACGAGCACAGUUCUUGCGACCGUUCCAGUGGCUGUUCCGCCGGGUUUUCCAUGCCCCCGCAAUUUGAAUGUUCUCUACGGUGGGAAAUGAAAUUAAUAGGGUGGCUGUGAUGAUCUCUGGAAAAUCUCCCAAGGUAUUUGCAUUGCCAAUCUGUGUGUGAUCUGCAAUUCCCAAUGUGUGGUUGGAUUGGAUUAUAGAGUGAUGUAAUAUCGAUUCCUUGAGUUUGUUGGCUUAGGUUUGAUGUCUGUGUCUUAUAAACCCAGAAAGGGAACAACAAUUUAAAUGUGUAGGGUGGAUUGUGUUAUUUUUUCUAUGCAGAUUAGGGUGGAUUUAUUUAUCUUGUGUAUCUAUCUUCAAUGGAAAUGUUGAUAAUUGAAGUGUCAGCGUUGGAUA